GUAACCACGCCUCUGGGUCUGCCGACACCCCCGCUGGCCCUUGGAAAGACCUGUCACCAACACCAUGAAUUGGAACAAAGGUGGCCCAGGUACCAAGAGAGGCUUUGGAUUUGGUGGCUUCUCAAUAUCAACUGGGAAGAAAGAAGAGCCAAAACUUCCUCAGCAGUCUCAUAGUGCUUUUGGAGCCACUGGUUCUUCAACUGGAUUUGGGAAGACGCCGCCACCUCAGCUGCCUUCUUUUUACAAAAUUGGAUCAAAGCGAGCAAACUUUGAUGAGGAAAAUGCCUACUUUGAGGAUGAGGAAGAAGAUUCCAAUAACGUUGACUUACCAUAUAUUCCUGCUGAGAACUCUCCUACUCGGCAGCAGUUCCAUUCCAAGCCACCUGACUCAGACAGUGAAGAUGAUCCAUUGGAGGCAUUCAUGGCAGAAGUGGAGGAUCAAGCUGCUAGAGACAUGAAGAGACUGGAGGAUAAAGACAAGGAAAGAAAAAAUACAAAGGGUAUACGCGAUGAUAUUGAAGAGGAAGAUGAUCAAGAAGCUUACUUCCGUUAUAUGGCAGAAAACCCCAAUGCUGGUGUGGUUCAAGAAGAGGAAGAAGAUAAUCUGGAGUAUGACAGUGAUGGCAACCCAAUAGCCCCAUCCAAAAAAAUUAUUGACCCCCUUCCUCCCAUUGAUCAUUCAGAGAUUGAAUACCCACCAUUUGAGAAGAACUUCUACAUUGAACAUGAAGAAAUUACCAGUCUUACCCCACAACAAGUGGUGGAGCUACGCCAUAAGUUGAAUCUUCGGGUCUCUGGUGCUGCCCCUCCAAGACCUGGAAGCAGUUUUGCCCAUUUUGGUUUUGAUGAGCAGCUUAUGCACCAAAUUAGGAAAUCAGAAUAUACUCAGCCCACCCCUAUCCAAUGCCAAGGUAUCCCAGUAGCACUAAGUGGCAGAGAUAUGAUUGGCAUUGCAAAGACUGGCAGUGGUAAGACUGCAGCUUUCAUUUGGCCCAUGUUGAUUCAUAUUAUGGAUCAGAAGGAGCUGGAGCCAGGAGACGGUCCCAUUGCAGUGAUUGUAUGUCCAACCAGGGAGCUGUGCCAACAGAUCCAUGCUGAAUGCAAGCGUUUUGGGAAGGCCUACAACCUACGCUCUGUAGCAGUAUAUGGUGGAGGAAGCAUGUGGGAGCAAGCUAAGGCACUGCAGGAAGGAGCUGAAAUCGUUGUCUGCACUCCAGGCCGCUUGAUUGAUCAUGUGAAGAAGAAAGCAACUAACCUUCAGAGAGUCACUUACCUUGUAUUUGAUGAAGCCGACCGAAUGUUUGAUAUGGGUUUUGAAUACCAAGUUCGAUCGAUUGCUAGCCAUGUGCGCCCUGAAAGACAGACUCUCCUAUUCAGUGCAACUUUCCGCAAGAAGAUUGAGAAACUGGCCAGAGAUAUUCUCAUUGACCCAAUUCGAGUGGUACAGGGAGACAUUGGAGAGGCAAAUGAAGAUAUCACUCAAAUUGUGGAGAUCUUCUCCUCUGGCCCCAACAAGUGGAACUGGCUGACCGGUCGCCUGGUGGAAUUCACUUCUUCUGGUAGUGUUCUCCUGUUUGUCACCAAAAAGGCAAACGCAGAAGAACUGGCCAAUAAUCUCAAACAAGAGGGCCACGACCUGGGGCUGUUGCAUGGUGACAUGGACCAGAGUGAACGGAACAAAGUCAUUUCAGAUUUCAAGAAAGGGGUCUUCCCAGUUCUGGUUGCUACUGAUGUGGCAGCUCGGGGUCUGGAUAUUCCUUCCAUCAAGACUGUAAUCAACUAUGAUGUGGCUCGUGAUAUUGACACCCACACCCACCGAAUUGGUCGUACUGGCAGAGCAGGGGAGAAGGGUGUGGCCUACACAUUAUUGACCCACAAGGACAGCAACUUUGCUGGAGAUCUUGUUCGGAAUUUGGAAGGGGCCAAUCAGCACGUAUCAAAAGAACUCCUGGACUUAGCCAUGCAGAAUGCCUGGUUCCGGAAAUCACGUUUCAAGGGAGGAAAGGGCAAGAAACUAAACAUUGGUGGCGGUGGCCUGGGGUACCGUGAACGUCCUGGACUUGGAUCAGAGAGUUCGGACCGUGGCAGUAACAAUGUAAUGGUUAACUAUGAGGCCUAUAAGCCAUCUUCAGGAGCAAUGGGAGACCGGUUGUCUGCCAUGAAGGCAGCAUUCCAGUCCCAGUAUAAGAGCCAUUUUGUAGCUGCCAGCUUUAGCAACCAGAAGACAGGCAGCUCCUCAGCAGGGGCCAGCGGCUGGACCAGUGCCGGCAGCUUAAACUCGGUGCCAACAAAUUCAGCCCAGCAGAACUUGGCAAACCCCGACAGUCCCAUGAGCACUACAGGCAUAGCGAAGGGCAUCCCAGGUUUCACGAGUGCUGGAAACUUAAACAGCAUCCCCAGCUUUCCAAGCUCUGGAAUUCAAGGAUUCAACAACAUGAAUGCCAGCAACAGCACUAAUAGAGGAGAAGGCAGCACAGGGAGCAGAGAACGGUACAGUGACAACCGCAGUAGCAGUCGCCACAGUGACAGCCAGCGCCAUGGAGAUGGUGGCAGUCGCCACGGUGAUGGUCAGCGACAUGGGGAAGGCUAUCGCCAUGGUGAAAACCGCCACGGCGGGGACAACCACCGUCACGGUGAAAGCCGGCAUUCUGGUGGUGGGAAUAGCAGCAGUAGCCGCCAUGGUGACAACCGGAAUAAUGGGGACAGCAACGAGAGCAGAAACAGUGAAGCUCGGAACAGCGAGAGCAAGAAAGAGGGCAACAAUAGCAAGACUGAUGGCUUUGCUGUUCCUGAACCCCCAAAGCGCAAGAAGAGCCGAUGGGACAGCUAAGGAUCCUGGCUACUGACCCAAGUGUCAAGGUGCCUCUGUUUCUCUUUCUCUAAUGAGGGUCUCUCUACUAAUACAUGGCUACCAAGAAGGAGAAUAGUGGACAGCAGCCACCCCCAACCAAGCCCUGGUUGGCGCAUUUGCCGACAGCUUCACUUUAGCGGCACCUCAGUGUUGUGCUUUGAUCAAAAGGAAAGUGUUCCCUUUUGUGGCAUUUCUCUAUGCUCUGACUUUUUU